AUGGAGGCACAAAAAGAGUCGGGGUUUGUUGAAGUUCGAAACGGUAUUCUCGAAAAUGAGGCAAGCACGAAUACUUCGCGGUCACUCCCACGCGUUGUAUUUAGCGCACAUUUUUCUCCACAAAGAGCUCCCUCGCCUAGUGAGUUCUCGUUAAGCCCGGCAUCAUAUAGCUCGGCGGAGGAGGAAAUGGUUGUGCACGAACAAGAGCGGAAUGCCAUAACCACGCUCGCAUCCCUGGCUUUCGUAGCGAGAAACAUGAAACAACAGUCUCCCGCGUUUUCAGUGGCAAGCAGUGCUGUAUCUAGCCCACCGUCGAGUCCAUGCCCUGCCAGUCCACGUCGUUCCUCAAGAAAACCUAAACCAAGCAGACGAUCCAAGGAACAAAUAUUUGGUAAACGGCGAUUAUCUGGACCUGCUACGCGUCUGAGGAAACAUAAACCUACCAUGUCCGAGGAUGGGGAAAGAGAAGAAUAUUACCGUGAGCGAACCGCACCAAUACCUGAAACCCUUGACGCACCAUAUACGAGAACCAGACGUCUCCCAAUGGCCAAUGCGCACGGUGUUGUGGGAUGCGGGGGGUAUAACCCUGUUCUUCCCAAGAAUCCGAAUUAUCCAUUUCCUCCUCCGAAAAAUUCCGUUACUUCGAAAUGGUCCCCAAACCAACGCAAAGCAUUUCUGGCUUUAUAUUUAACGCACGGGAAAGAUUUUUCGUUAAUCGGUAAGAUGGUGCACAAGACCACGUCCGAGGUGGUGGAAUAUUAUUACUUGUGCAAGCAUUCUCCUACUUUUAGGAGUGCCAAGAGCAUGAGGAAAGAUAUGGAAGAAUAUGAGGAUAAUCUUAAUAAAAUUGAUGCUCAGGUCAAGGGUUUUGCGAAAGUGGCCCAAGGAAAGAAAGGUGGUCGCAAAAAGAAAGCGAUCCGCAAUUGA